AUGAUCCAUGUGUUGACUGGGAAUAUAUCUUGGCGGGAACACGUUUGCUGCCCUUUUCCUACAGCUCUUUCCUACAGCUCUUUCCUGCAGCUCUUUCCUGCAGCUCUUUCCUACAGCUCUUUCCUACAGCUCUUUCCUACACUCUUUCCUACAGCUCUUUCCUGCAGCUCUUUCCUACAGCUCUUUCCUGCAGCUCUUUCCUACAGCUCUUUCCUACAGCUCUUUCCUGCAGCUCUUUCCUACAGCUCUUUCCCACAUCUCUUUCCCACAUCUCUUUCCCACAUCUCUUUCCUACAGCUCUUUCCUUCUCUUUCCUACAGCUCUUUCCUUCAGCUCUUUCCUACAGCUCUUUCCUACAGCUCUUUCCUGCAGCUCUUUCCUACAGCUCUUUCCUACAGCUCUUUCCUGCAGCUCUUUCCUACAGCUCUUUCCCACAUCUCUUUCCCACAUCUCUUUCCCACAUCUCUUUCCUACAGCUCUUUCCUUCUCUUUCCUACAGCUCUUUCCUUCAGCUCUUUCCUACAGCUCUUUCCUACAGCUCUUUCCUGCAGCUCUUUCCUACAGCUCUUUCCCACAUCUCUUUCCCACAUCUCUUUCCUACACUCUUUCCUACAGCUCUUUCAUACAGCUCUUUCCUACAGCUCUUUCCUGCAGCUCUUUCCUACAGCUCUUUCCCACAGCUCUUUCAUACAGCUCUUUCCUACAGCUCUUUCAUACAGCUCUUUCAUACAGCUCUUUCAUACAGCUCUUUCAUACAGCUCUUUCCUACAGCUCUUUCCUACAGCUCUUUCCUACAGCUCUUUCAUACAGCUCUUUCCUACAGCUCUUUCCUACAGCUCUUUCCUACAGCUCUUUCCUACAGCUCUUUCCUACAGCUCUUUCAUACAGCUCUUUCAUACAGCUCUUUCAUACAGCUCUUUCAUACAGCUCUUUCCUGCAGCUCUUUCAUACAGCUCUUUCCUACAGCUCUUUCAUACAGCUCUUUCCUACAGCUCUUUCAUACAGCUCUUUCCUACAGCUCUUUCAUACAGCUCUUUCCUGCAGCUCUUUCAUACAGCUCUUUCAUACAGCUCUUUCCUACAGCUCUUUCCUACAGCUGUUUCCUGCAGCUCUUUCCUACAGCUCUUUCCUUCUCUUUCCUACAGCUCUUUCCUUCUCUUUCCUACAGCUCUUUCCUACAGCUCUUUCCUAUAG